GCACAGCGCGGCCAUGUUUGUACUAUUCUGGUCGUGAAUCGAUAUCACUGCCGCAUAGAAUCGGUUCCCUUACUAGUCUCACGUUUUGUACCGUCAAAACGGUGGAAUAAUAAAGAUUAAAUGCACUCUCAAGUUUUGUAAUCGCACUCUUAGCGGGACGCGCCUUGCACCAUGUCAGCCAACGCCCAGAAUUAUAACUUUGAUGAAUAUAACAAACCUGGUGCUGAGCGGUCACGCAGGAGGAGAGGCGAAGAUGACGAUCUAGAGAGUGAUUUGGAAGAGGAAUUGUUGGGGGAGGAUUGGCUGUCAGUUAAAAAGAAUCCUUCAGAAGUGUCGGAUGAAGAGCUAAAUGAUGACCUUCUACAAAGUGAUGAUGAAGAUGUAAAUAUGAGUGGUCAGAGCAUAAGCCUCAAUGCCACAUACAGCGUGGGCCCAUCCUAUGUCCAGCAGGACAACUUGCAUGGAGCAAACUACACAGAUGACGUUGUGAACCUGGGUGCAGAGGGCUGUGGAGAAGAGGAUGUACAGGAGGAGGGGUACCAGCAUGAGGGGGAAGAAGCUUACACACAAGAAUACAGCCAAGACAACAACGCAGAGAUGCCUGAAGACCAAAUAGAUUACACCGGAGAGCUACCUGGGGGUGACGAUGGCUACCAGGAUGAAGUGCUAGACAUCCAAAUCAAUGAGCCCAUGGAUGGUGAAUUUCAAGAUGAUGAAUAUCCAACCUAUGAUGAUCGGCGUCUGGGUGAACAUGGAGUCCAACAGGAGGAGAGCCCAGAGGAGCAGGGAGGGGGAGAACAGCAGCAGCAGCAGGAGGAGGAGGAGGAGCAAGAAGAGGAAGACACAGCCGAAGACUCUCGGGUCUUUGACACAGAGGAGGUUGAAAAUGAUGCCAGGCCUGAAGAAGAAAAAAAGGAGGAAUCAGACGAGGAGGAUGAGGAAGAUGAAGAGUCUGGUCGUAUACGGUUUAAAUCUGAGAGAAAGGAUGGUCCUGUUGUGCGAUUGGCUGAUGCAGGCAGCAACAGGAGGAGCAUACCUGAAACACUAGAACUGUCAGAGAAGGCUAAGCAAGAUCUGAUGCAGUUUGAGGAACAGGAACGGCAAAAGAGACAAAACCGAUAUGGAGGCCGAGGCGGAAUGCGAGGAGGAAUGCGAGGAGGCAGAGGAAGAGGAGGCUUCCCACCUUUUGGAAUGGAUUUUAGAGGAGGAAACAGAGGAAGAAUGAUUGACCACAGGCUCUCCCUGAUGGGAAACAUGGGCAUGCAGCAGCCAUCCUCCCGAAUGCCUCUUCCUCAUCAGCAGCAACUGCACUCCCAGCAGCACCACCCUUCACGUCCAAGAGGACCUCCUCCCUUCCAAGACCACGGGCGCCCGCUAGCCCAGCAGCCCCUUCAGCCCCUCAUCCCCCCGCACAUGGCACACCGCUCCCCACCGGUACGGCCCCAGAUGGAGCCGCCACCACGAAUGAUGAGCUCCCCGCCACCCAACUUCCCCCAGCAUCACCAGCAGCAGCCUCCACAGCCCAAAAACAUCCACAUUAACCCCCAUUUCAGAGGGCCGACGUCAUCUUCUGUGCAAGUGCCCUUGAUGCCUCCUGCUCAGAGCCAGCCCAGACCUGCUGUGGGUCCUCAGAGGUUCCUUGGACCGGGAGACUUCCAGCAGCACAUGACUGGUAAUUUUGGUCAACCCCAGCGGCCCCCUCAUCACAUGGAGCCCUAUAGGAACCAGCCACCCCAGGGCCCCCAAGACAGAGAGGCACUCUUUAUGGGAGAGCGCACAGAGUCAACACGGUUUCCAGGGCAGCACAUGUUUGAUCACCAGGGCCCCAGCCCUCUGAUGAACAGCAGCCACAACCUCCACCACCAGCAGCAGCAGCAGCAGCAGCAGCAGCAGCUGCCUGGCCAGGGCCACAUGGGCUUCGGCCCACCAGGACCAGCCUUCAACCAGCCAGGCCAGGGUCCGCUCGGAAUUUUUCCAAGAGAACCCCCAAGACCCAAUAUCCCUCCCCACCAAGGUCAUCCAGGGAUGGUCGGGUUGAAUCAACAAGGUGGCCCCCCCAACCAGCCCAGACCUUUCAUGGGCCCUCGUCAGCCGUUUGGCCAGCAGGGGAACCUUUUCCCCCCUCCUCAAGUCCAGUUUGGGAUGCCGGUACGACUAAGAGGCUUGAUGCACGGCCCUCCGGUCUCCCAGCUUGCGCAUCACGACUCCUUGCCAUCCCAUCAGCCCAUGCACCAGCAGCAGCAGCAGCAGCAGCAGCAGCAGCAUCAUAGGCAGGAGUUAUCCCAUCAUCAGCAGCAACAUCUAAAUGUCAAUGAGCCUCGCUCCAUGAUGCACCACGGCCAGAAUCUUUUCCAUCAACAGCAGGCACAUGGUAGCCCGAGGCAGAUGACGCCCCGCCCUCAGAACCCCCAACAGCGCAACAUGACAAACAGGCAGAGGAUGAACACACCUAUCUCCAAGCAAAUGCAGCAGCGCAACAGCAACCUCCGGGAGCUCCCUGUAGCACCUGGCAACACAAACAUGAACAGUGCCCGCCCUGCCGCCAACAUUAGGCCUGUUGCCAAGGCAACACAGGGGAUGCAUCCUGGGCAGAACACUCAGCUGGUGCCUGGCGGUGGAAGAGGAAGAGGCCAAGUUGCUGCCAGGUUUGAAGCACAGCUUGGAGGAGGCGGCAGGACGGUGGUUCGGAAGGAGAUCCCGUGCACGCUGUCCAGCACGGCGCCACAGGACCCUGAUGAGGACGAGGAGACGCGGCAGUACCGUCUGAAGAUUGAGGAGCAGAAGCGUCUGAGAGAAGAGAUCCUAAAGAGAAAGGAGAUGCGACGGCAGAUGCAGGCUGGCGUCAGAAAGAAGGAGCUGUUGGACAGGCUCAACGCUCAGACCCCGAGCCAGGGCCCAUCUCCUUCACAUGUUCAACCCUCACAACAGAAUCCGCUUACGUCACAUCUUCUACUACAACAACAACAACAACCACCACCACCACAAUUGCAGCAGCAACAACUACAACAGCAGCAACAGCAACAACAACAACAACUACUACAGCAGCAACAGCAGCAGCAGCAACAACAACAGCAGCAGCAGCAGCAGCAGCAGCAGCAGCAGCAGCAACCACCACAGCCACAACAACAGAGACAGUUGCCUCUGAGGACACAACAAUCAUUGAAUGCAUCAUUAAAGAGUCCUAAUCAAGCCACCCCCAUCCCUCCCAACGGCAGUCCUCACAUCCCUCCACCACGUCCCAAUGUCAAGGCACGCCUGCAGAUGGUAAAAGGUAGCACCCAGCAGCAACAGUCCCCCGGGCCUGUUCCAGACCAGCAAUGGAAACCGCCUCAACCAAAUCAGCAGCAGCAGCAGCUGCUGCAACAGCAGCGACGGAACAGUGCUGUGCAGAAUGUGAACAGGCCUGGUGAUCAGAUCCAGUCCAGCCAGGUCCCCCCAAAGACCAUACCUGUAACUGCCUCUGUGGUACCUGGCCAGGCUCAGGCUCUAACUCAAGGACCUAAACCUGGGGCUAAAAGAACUGUGAUGCAGCGGGCCAAGAAUUCUUCCUUCGAAGGCCAGCAGGUGCCACAAAAAGUCAGAGUCGUCAAACUUUCAGGAGCGAGCGGAAACGGGUCAGCGGCAGCCGGAGACAUAGUGCAGCAACAAGGCACCUGGUCGGCAACCCCGGGCAACCAGGCCGUGCAGAGGAAGGUUACCAUGACAGCGCAGCAGCAACAGGGACCAGGCGGGACACCACAGGCCGGCCGAGGGGUCACGGGCAACCCACAGCAAACCAGGGUUGUCGUGUCAGGCCGAGGUAGAGGUGUUGCUCAGAUGGGUCGAGGUCGCCCAACGACUACCAGACCAAUCCAAAAAGAAGCCGAGAGUGAGCGCUGCACGGUGUCCAUAGAGGGCCUCUCUUCAUCCACGACCGACCUUCAACUGCAGAAUCUUCUCCGGUCCAUCGGCCCCAUAGAGAUGUUCAAAAUGAUGCCGCAGCAGAGGAAAGCAAUCGCCACAUUUUCCAGUCCCCAGCAUGCAGAAAGUUUUCAAAUGAGCUUCCAUAGGCACAUGAUUGAUUUGUCCCACAUUGAUGUGUCGCUGAUUGAUGGAUGAGGAGCGCAAUAGAGCCAGAGAGGCCCGUCACGAGGAGUCCCUUUCUCCCAACGCGGGAGCCUCUCAUGCACAGUUCCAGCUCGGCAUAAGAAUACUUCUUCAGCCCUUUUUUCGGGGGGGUCACGCGCACUCAACACGUCUGCACAGAAGCAUCGUUCAUCUCCUCUCAACUUGGAACAGAGAACAUAAAGACCUGAGUUGCGAGCAUGCCUUUGUUUGACUUUGUGUACCGACUGUCCAUUGUUGUAAAAUGGCACUGGAGAGACACUGGACAGUUAAUCCUAUUUUAACGAAGUUUGUGAAGGAUGCUCUGCGCAUCUUCCAAGGACACUUAAGUAGAACUCUUCAUGGGAUAAUGGUUGCUCCCCUCCUCAGUUAGAUUCAUCAUUAAACUAAAACGAACACUUAAACGUUAUAAUAGUGAUACGACCACUUCAUCUGAGUUUUUUUUUAUCAUUCGCGGCGUGCUAUUUGGCUCUGUGCAGGAGGUGUUUGUGGCGGACUGUGUGGCCAGCUGAUUCACAUAGCAGUGUCAGCCCACGGCUGUAGAUGGCAGUAUUUCAUCACUAAUGGUGCUUCAUAUUUUUUUCCAUCUCAAGAGUCUCCAAGCAGUUUCUGGGUGAAUGGCACCAUCUAGUGGAGAGCUUGCGUACAGGCACGCAGGUGGAUGAUAUUGAAUAUUUUAUCACAUAGUAGUGACGGGGACCAAAUUGGCUUUGGAUGUUAAAUAAACCGGAAUAUAUUUUUUUUUUCUUCGAAAUGACCAACGAUUUUACAAAUUGUAAAUGUUGUGACUCUUGUGUAUAUAUUUUGUGGUGCUUUUCAGUUUCAGUGCUGCUUCUGGGACCGAUUGUUCAGAGCCGCUCUAGUUCAGGUUGGUUAGUUUGGUCAUUUGACGUCGCUCCUUGUUCUAAAAGUUUAGAUCUUUUAACCGUUAACCGGAGUCCAACUUGGAAUAACCGUUCACGCAUUUUGGAUGUAUAUUUUAGUUGUAUUGAUUAUGGAUUAGUUAGAUUUAGGAUUGUGAUCUGUGCUGAUGAUGCUUUGAGGGAGUGUGUGUGUGUGUUUGUAUGUACGAUUUUUUUUGGAGAUUUUUUUUAGAAUUACAAAUUAAAUGUACAUUGUUCGGCAUACAUGUGGGUACGCCAGAGAGCAUAGCUGACGAUUCCCCUGAUACAUUUCCGUGACUGCUUCCUCCGUUCUGUUAUAAUUGAUCCAAAUCUGCGCGACUAUCAGUUGAUAAUUGGUGCCUUAUCGCUGAGCUGCAUGGUGUUUGUGGAAUAGCACUUUGAACUCGGCUGAUAACAGAGUAAUUCACCAUGUUACUUUUCCCCGUAAAUUGAAUCUCCCUCACUUUAUACAAAGACCUCCCACUGAAGGCGAACCCCGGCGUAAAGAAACAUCAGUAACACGUGUACAAUCUCUAAAGCAGUCGUGUUUUCUCUGAGCGUGUGGUGUGUGUAUGGGAAGAGCUACGGCAUCACUGCCCCCCAUGAAUUAUCUAAAUACUUCAUUUCCUUGUCCGGCUCUCAGUUCGAUUUCACGAGAGACAUCAUUAUUAGACUAGAUAUAGAAACUACGGCUCAUUUACUUGUUCAUGAUAUUUUUCCUUUUUCUUCAUUGCACGAUUGUUUUGUCUAUUCGGGGUUUAAAGUUUGUUAAACAAAAACAGUUCUUUUAAUUAUUAAGAAAUUGUUGCCCGUGUUUACUAAUAAGUUAAGAUCAGAGGCGAACGUCGUAUAAUUUGACAAAGGAAGCCGAGGGGGCAACCAUUAUCUACGUAGUGAUCGUGUACAUAAGUAGACCAGAACUUUCUCUCAGUAUUCAUUCUGCUCAUUUUUUUUUUUUAAGUUACUCUUUACUUGCGUUGUAUCACGUUAAAAUAUUUUUAUAUGUAAGGAUCUACUGAUGUGUCCAGACAUAAAUCCUUUUACUAGUGUUUUGUUUCUAAUUUGGAUCCAAAAUGACUGGACCGCAUUUCUGUUUAUAAGACAUUUGACAACAAGUGUAAGGGAAAAUAAAAACAUGGCCAAUAUACCGUGAACAUGCAGGUAUGUGAAGCCGGUUAAACUUUA